AAUCUGUGGUUGCACAGAAUUACUCCCUUUCUCAUGAGGAUGGCCCUGGCUGUAGGUGCGUGCUCACCUCACUUAGUCAACAGAGAUUUCAUUCAGGUGCAAGUGAACCAUGUAGGUUUGCCUGGAGCUGAGCCCUUGAAAGAGAGCUACCAAUAUCUGUUCCUCAUGCUGUGGAGCUAGCUAUAGAAAGAAAUUAAGUCAAUGUUUAUCCAACCAAGAGGGUCGUUAAACCAUCUGUUGCUUAUGAUUUGAUAUUCACAUACAAUUCUUGGGAAAUUUCAGGAGAGAUCCUUGGCUGAGAAGUAUUGGAAUGUUGAAAGUCAGGUAUUUCUCAUACUAAUUCAGCACAGACUUUUAUCCUGCCUGAGAGCAAUUUCAAACAUGUGACACAUUUCUCAAGUUGCCUCUCUUAUCACUAGAGAGUAACAUGGUCUGUGAUAAAAGGUGACACAGCUAUGAAAGUCAUUCUUGCCCAGCUGUCUAUAUCAGACUACAAGGGCUGGGCUUUGAUGCCUAGCCAAGUAAUUGUCUGGGAAGGGGAAAUAAAUUCCAGUAAUUCGCAUCUUUCUUACCCUUGCCUGUUGAGAAGAAUUCAGCUGGUUUUAUCACUUAGCCGCUCCUGCUUUGGCAUAUUCCAUUGGAAGUGUUAACAAACAAAACAGUUAAGAUGAUACCUAGCUGUCUGGAGGAAAAAAGGAAAGAGAGAAAUAGUCCAAGUAACAAAAAAACAUCGUUUUUAUUUAGGGUAGAGCACAUUCAAGAGAAAAAAGCAAGGUGGCAGAUCCUUAACGGAGUUGCAGCUGGUUUCAAGCGUCAGUUGAUUUAUCAGUACGUGUACAGACACACAAGCAUACAUAUUUUACUACUGCAAAAUGCUUCCUCUUGGAUACUUGUCAUUUUGGCUUGAUGGAAGUAAAAAUUGGUUCAUGCCUGAUUGUUUCUAUUUGGAAGGUCAGUUUCUUCAGGACUUCCAGUCCAUUUCCAGAGAGGGAAAAUCUAGGUAAAAGAAAGAUUUCCUUCAUAUGUAUCUUUAAAAAAAUAAAUAAAAUUAACUGAGCAAUCCCUGUAAUUUUUACCUAUAUGGAAGAUUUAAAAAUUAGGAAUCUUGAAUCCUGCAAAGUUAAGCCAUUUAAUUUCUUUCUGACAUCUGUGUAAUAUUUCUACCUGUUAAUGAGCCAGUCUGCUGUGGGACAACAAAGGUAACUUUUCUAUAACACAAGGCAGCAAAAAUACACAGCCAAGAGCAGUAUUUCAGAAUAUGAACCAUUGUAAGAGAAUAAAAAAGAAUAUAUUCUGGAAGAUAAGUUGAAGGAUAAUCAAUUAGUAGCAGUGAAGUUUUCAGUAGCCUGUCUAGGAGAAUCCAAGUCCUGUAUUUCUUGCAGGUGGAAUGGUCUGUUAUAGAUCUUGCUCUCACAGUUCCCCUUUUUCUUUCUUGGGCCAUGGGAACAUCCAUGUACCUCAUGACUGAAGAGCAGGAAGGACAUGGGAAAGAGGGAAGAGACUGAUCUACAGGUGUAUUGGAGAACUGCUGCUGUUAAAGCUUUUGAAAUGGAAAUUACACCUGCUGAGAGAAUUGUGGCACAGAUUGGAGGCACACUCGUACUCACAUGCAAUACUACUGGCUGUGCAUCACCAAGUUUUUCCUGGAGAACACAGAUGGACAGCCCCCUUGGAGGAAAAGUCAGCAACCACAGGACACAUUCUACAUUGACUAUGAAUCCAGUUAGCAUCGUGAAUUCUCAUUCUUAUCUUUGUACUGUCGUAUGUGAUGAGGGAGAGAAAAAGGAGAAGAGUGUCCAAGUUGAACUUUACUCUUUCCCAAGUGAUCCUAUUAUUGAGAUCAGCCCAUCCUUGGUUGCUGGAGAACCAGCCACUGUCAUCUGUAAAAUCCCUGAUGUGUAUCCUUCUGAUCACCUGGAAGUUCUCCUAAAGAAAGAUGAACAUGUCCUUCAUGAGAAAGAUUUUUUUGAAGAUGACAGCACAAAUACAGAGACCAAAAUUGUGACAUAUACAUUUUAUCCCACGGCUGAAGAUAUUGGCAAAGAGAUUACCUGUCUGGCUAGGUUAGCAGUUGCUGAAAUGGACUUUGAACCCAAAGAAAGAACAUCUUCUCAGAAACUUAAUGCAAAUUUUGGUCCACAAAAUACUGUCAUUACUGCCUCUCCAGGCAACUCGCCAAUGGAAGGAGACUCUCUGACCCUCACUUGUGUGACUCAGAGUAACCCGCCAGCACAAACAGUUUGGAGGAAAGAUUUGGCUGAAGAAAGCAUUCAGCAUCUGAUAAAAAACAAUGUUCUUUCUAUUCCCCACGUCCAUUUCAAUGAUUCAGGACUGUACAUCUGUGAAGUAAUUAAUCUGGUAACUAAUAAAACAGAGAAAGCAACUGUGAACAUUACUAUACAAGGUGCUCCAGUCAUUACAGAAUUCUCCAUUGAACCUUCUACAACAGUUCAAGAAGGAGAAAAUGUUUCCAUACAAUGUUCUGCUGAAAGUAACCCUCCUCCCAAGAUUACUUUAAGGAGAAAAUCUGACAAUGCAAACAUGGAGCCUUACAGUGCCAGGAGUAUUCUUCUUCCAUCUGUGAUGUUUCAAAGUGGAGGAGACUAUGAAUGUGUAGCAGAAAAUAAGUUUGGUAACAGUAAAAGGGAAAUCACACUUAAUGUGAAAUAUGGACCAAAGAAUACAAUGAUCACUGUUAUCCCUACUGCUACUCUUAAAGAAGGAGAAACUGUGACAAUGAAAUGCACUAGCUCUGGUAAUCCAGCUCCUGUGAUCUCCUGGAAGAAGAAGAACGCCUCUGGGGAGUCUGAGAAAAUUUCUAAAAAUGCGACUUUAACCAUACAGAACUUGAAAAGUCAAGAUCUGGGGCUUUAUGAAUGUGAAGCUUAUAACCAAUUUGGCAAGGAAGAAAAAGCUGUGAAAUUAUAUAUUCAAGCAGGAUUGGCAGAACCAGAUCAGAUGAUACCACUGGUUAUUGCAUUCUCAUCUGUAGCAGCAGUGGCGGUACCUGCAGUUGCAAUUUUGAUCUACGUGUCAAGACAGGCAAAGAUCAAUGGAUCCUACAGUCUUGUAAAAGCACUCAGGUUGAAAGUUUGAUCAUGUGAAUAUAAGUCUUUGGUUGAUAAUAAGCACAUUUAUUUAUUGCUGUGACUGGUUCUACUCUUCUGUAACAUAUGGUAACAAACAAGUGACUUAAGAACAGCACCAUGUGGUAGCAAAUGGGCUUAUUUUCAUGUUUUGAUAAGUGUCUUGGUAUGUAAAUUAAAGGAAGAGCUAGAAUCCUGACCUAGAAAUUGGUAAAUCACUUCUGUGUUGAAGCAUUCUGAACAAAGAGUUCUAUGGAGAACUAGGUUUGUACAUAGUGUAUAAUUUGUGUUAUAAAUAUGUUCAACUAAAUAUCAGUUUGUAAAACUGAAGUCUUUUUGCAACUGUACAGAGAAAUUUUGUUAAUUCAAAGAUAUAAAUCAAUAUUGCUUGAGCUGAUCAGGUGAUUUUUAUUUUGUAUUACUCCACAGCAUGAAUGUUUUUUAUAUCAUUUGUCUGGUUGUGGUAAUGUUUGGAAAAUGUUCUCUUUUCACUGAUGUUGCCAUAAACUCUGUACCUUCAGUGAAGUUACGCAAUCACUGGGCUAUGCAUUUCUAACAAAUUUAAACUGAUUUAAGCCUUUGAGGCUCAUUUGUGAAACAUUUUAUUUUAAAUAUUAUUUUAAAAUGUUUGGGGUUAUAAUCUAGUAAAUUCUAGGACUGCUAAGGUUUUCUUGCGGGCUUCAAUCAUUCUCAGAUCAAUAUCAGAAUUAUGUUAUUUUGUGAUGAGCCAAAUCAGACCCUUCUUGUAAAAUAUAAACGGAUUGUAAAUAAUCUUUACAGAUUUCCACUGCAAAAUAAAACUACCAGUAGAUUUCUUUGACUAAA